CCGAGCCGCCGCCUGGGGCCGAUCCGCGCAGCUCCGAACAUGGCUGAAGUCGGGGAGGACACGGGCGCCCGGGCCCUGCUGGCACUGCGCUCGGCGCCCUGCAGCCCGGUGCUGUGCGCCGCGGCCGCCGCGGCCGCCGCCUUCCCCGCGGCGCCGGCGCCUUCGCCGCUGCCUCAGCCCCAGCCACCUCCGCCGCCGCCGCCGCUGCCGCCGCCGCCGCCGCCGGCGUCCUCCGCUCCCCCGGCGGCGCCCCAACAGCCGGCGCCCCCGCCGCUGCCGCUGCCGCCGCCGCCGCCGCCUGCGGGCCUGGGGGGAGCCCCGGCCGGCGCGGCCGCUGGGGGAGCGGCGGCGGCGGCGGCGGCGGCGGCGGCAGCGGCCUCGGUGCGGCAGAGCCCUGGGCCGGCCCUGGCCCGGCUGGAGGGCCGCGAGUUCGAGUUCCUCAUGCGGCAGCCCGCCGUCACCAUCGGCCGCAACUCGUCGCAGGGCUCCGUGGACCUCAACAUGGGGCACUCGAGCUUCAUCUCCCGCCGCCACCUGCAGCUCAGCUUCCAGGAGCCGCACUUCUACCUGCGCUGCCUCGGCAAGAACGGCGUCUUCGUGGACGGGGCCUUCCAGCGCAGGGGCGCCCCGGCCCUGCAGCUCCCCAAGCAAUGUACCUUUCGAUUUCCUAGUACGGUUAUAAAGAUCCAGUUCACAUCUCUGUACCAUAAAGAAGAAGCUCCACCAUCUCCCCUUCGACCUCUUUAUCCUCAAAUUUCCCCUCUGAAGAUCCACAUUCCGGAGCCGGAUCUCCGGAGCCUAGUCAGUCCCAUUCCUUCUCCUACUGGCACUAUCAGUGUUCCCAACUCCUGCCCAGCGAGUCCUCGUGGUGCUGGAUCCUCAGGAUAUCGCUUUGUUCAGAAUGUCACCUCGGACCUGCAGCUGGCUGCAGAAUUUGCAGCAAAGGCAGCAUCAGAGCAGCAGGCAGACACAUCUGGAGGGGACAGCCCAAAGGAUGAAUCAAAACCACCGUAUUCUUAUGCUCAGCUCAUAGUUCAGGCUAUAUCCUCAGCCCAGGACAGACAGUUAACACUAAGUGGCAUCUAUGCCCAUAUCACCAAGCAUUACCCUUACUACAGGACUGCUGACAAGGGCUGGCAGAAUUCUAUUCGACACAACCUCUCCUUGAACCGUUACUUUAUUAAAGUCCCACGUUCUCAGGAGGAGCCUGGAAAGGGCUCCUUUUGGCGAAUUGACCCAGCAUCAGAAGCCAAGCUAGUAGAACAGGCAUUCCGGAAACGGAGACAGAGAGGAGUGUCCUGUUUCCGAACCCCUUUUGGGCCCUUGUCAUCAAGGAGUGCUCCUGCUUCACCUACUCAUCCGGGGCUAAUGUCCCCCCAUUCUAGUGGCCUACAGACUCCAGAGUGCCUGUCUCGGGAGGGUUCACCCAUUCCACAUGACCAUGAUUUUGGGUCAAAAUUAGCCUCUGUUCCAGAGUAUCGGUAUUCACAAAGUGCACCUGGUUCUCCUGUUAGUGCUCAGCCAGUAAUAAUGGCUGUUCCUCCCCGACCAUCUAAUCUUGUGGCCAAACCAGUUGCUUACAUGCCAGCUUCAAUAGUGACUUCACAGCAGCCUUCUGGUCAUGCAAUUCAUGUUGUGCAACAAGCUCCCACUGUUACAAUGGUCAGAGUUGUGACCACAUCUGCUAAUUCAGCUAAUGGAUACAUACUUACCAGUCAGGGCACAGCAGGAAAUAGCCACGAAGCAGCAGGCACAGUUUUGGAUUUGGGCAGUGAACCAAGAGCAUUGGAAGAUAAGCCUACGAUUGCAUUCGCAACAAUUCCAACUGCCAGCCGAGUCAUCCAGACGGUUGCCAGUCAGAUGGCUCAGGGAGUUCCAGGACAAACAGUUACAAUACUUCAGCCAGCAACACCAGUGACCAUUGGGCAACACCAGCUCCCGGUUAGGGCAGUGACACAAAAUGGAAAGCAUGCUGUUCCUACCAACAGCAUCACUGGCACUUCUUAUGCCCUUACAAACCCACUGCAACUUCUCGCAGCCCAGGCUAGCUCCUCCACUCCUGUAGUGGUUACUCGGGUGUGUGAAGUGGGCCCAGAAGACCCGGCAGCCUCCUCAGGGGAGCCAGAUGUCAAAAGACCUCGGCUGGAGGAACCUAGUGGAACUGUUGUCGCACAGGCUGGGGUGAUAACAUCUACAACCCCACAAGGGCAAGGAACCGGUGAAUGAAGUACCUGGGAAAGGAGCUGGAAUAUAGGUGGAGCAGAAGGCGCAUCAAAAGGAAUGGUAGAACAGAAGUGUAACUGCCUAAACAGCCACUUUUCUUAACGUGAGAUAGGAAAGACAGCUCCACAGCUCAUCAGAUCUCGAGGUGCCAAACAGAUUGGGGAAAGCUUGGGAAAAGCUUCCAUCUACCUGUACCUGUACCUGGAAUUCAGCUCAGCCUUUACUUUUGUUUUCUCUUCCAUACCUUUUAGUUAAACAAAACAAAACAAAAAACCCACAUAAACAAAUACAGACAACUGAUUGUAUGACUGCUGGGAAUUCUGUUUUUUUUUUCAGCACCUCCUGUUUUUCCCCAGCCUUUUCUUCAAGAGGGUGGGGAAGAGAUUGCAGUUCAGUAUCUCAAGGAAUGUAUCACAAAUGUCUGCUCCAUAAGAAGAAGGUUCCUUAUUUCUCCAAUGCCUUAAUGCUGCCUCUCAGAGUUUGACAUUGAUGUUCUUAAGGAAGCAGCCUUGACCAUCACAAGAAGACUGACACAGGUUAACAUAGUGACAGCAUUAAAGUAGUAUGGUACCCAACAAACAAUUCUUUUAAAGAAAAAUAAUUGUGUUUAGAAUGAAUUCUUAUUUAUGUAGGAGAUUGAGAGCAGGCUGUUGGGGUAGGGACCAGGGGGUAGAACAACAGGAAUUGACCAAUUUGUUAUUUCAUAAAUGUCUUUUUUCAUAGAAAGGCAAAAGAGAAGGUAUUGACAUUAGUAUUGUUUUUAACUGGUUUGGUUUUGACCCCACAAUGUUUCUUGCUUUGUUCAGACAUGUACCAUCUGUUUUUAAACUAAGCCUACAUAUACAUCUUGGACAGAAGUUGAGGGAAUUCUUCUCCUCUUCCCCCCCCCCGCCGCCUUUUUGUUUUUAGUUUUACAUGCAUGAUGCAUGCAUUAAUCACACCGUGGAGUUAAUCCAUAGCUAUAACUGUUAAUGUCAUAUUAGGGGAAAUUAUGAUAGUUUCCUGUAUUAGAACAUGUAUUUGCCUUAGUACUGUUAGAAAGUCCUUUGGUUGGAAGACUAGCAAAAAGCUGAUGGACUAAAUCAUAACAAUAGUAUCCAGGUUUCAGUAUUUGGAGUGAAUGUUAAUCAGAACUGAGCCUCUGUGCUGUCUUCCCUGCAGUAAUGGUAAAGUUCCAUUAUAACUAAGUCUUCUAGACAGAACUAUGUGGCUCAUUUGAUGUGAAAGAAAGUAGAGCAAAGGUUUCUCAGAACUGUUCUCCCCAUAACCUAAUAGAAGACGUGAUAGUCUCAGCAUAGCUGGAUGCAGUUUUAUAAUCUUAAUCUUUUUAUUUAAAUUUUACCCAAAUUCCAGUUUUCUUUUGCAGAUUAUCAUUACAGUUGGAAAAUAUUUCUUUUAUCUAAAAUACUAAAAUCUUUGGGGUCAAUUCAAGGUAAUGGAAACUACCUUCCCAAAUAAUGAGAUUACUCACUGGUAUCCUCCUUCUCCCAGGGUUUAGUUACCCUGUCUGUCUGAAUUCGUUUUGUGGCUAAAAAGAAGUAAAUAAAUAGCAGUGCUCUCUGAAGAAGAAAAGCAAAUGAAGUGCUUUGAUAUAAUGAAUCUAUAUGUUUCUUAGGAAAAUACCUUCUAAACUUGCACACUUGGCAGUUUCAGCUACGUCAAGUAUGUUGAAAGGAGGUGGGAACAUAGGGAAUAUUAUUGUCUAUUCAGAUUUUUAUUGGUCUGUUUUCCUGAGCAGUGUGCAGCAGGGAUGAAGGAAUGCUUCUAUUAGAAAGUUAUCUCUUAUUUUGUUAAAUAUUUUGGUGCUGCUUCUCCCAGUAGUCAGUCAUCAUCAGGAGAAAAAAAAAUGUUGUACACAAAACUCAAGUAUCAGGAAAUGUUUUUCUUUUUCUAUUUUUUUAAGGGGAAAAAAAAGUCAGGAGUACCUUCCUUUUCCCCACCUCCACAACCAGUUAACUCUGUUUAGAGUUAGUUCAUCUUUAUAAGCCCUGUUAGAAAAACUGCAGUGGUGUUCAAAACUUCCCCAUAAAAUAUAUGAGACAAAUUAAAGGCAAGAAAAUUUCAUAGGAGUUAGGAACUAACCAAUAAUGUUCUGCUUUAAAACAAAAGAAUUAGCUGUUUAUUUUCUUUUUAAUUAUUUCAAGCAGUGGGCAUUAAUUAAGCCCACUUUAGAGAUUAACAAUUUGCAGUCAGAACCCCUUGAUUUAACCAGAAGUUUAAGAGGAAGGUGGCCUGGUGAGAUGCCAGGAAAAAAGAGCUGUACCACAAUUGCCCUUUACAUGUGUCCUCUUCAGUCAGGAUCAGAGGGAACUGGCUUCUCUUAUAAAAAAUUACUGAGCCCUUCAUUGAAAUGCUCCCUUUUGUCCAAUAAAAGAAAAAGGGAAAAUGUAUAUGUGACUAAAUUUUAAAAGGGUACCACAGUCACAAAAACAUUGACAUCCAUGCAGUAUUAAGUAUGAAAAAAGUUUCAGAGCACUAGGAAUGAGAAAACCAGCGAUGCAGUUCUCAGAGAUACUUUCCCCACCUUUAAUGAUGAUAAAUUAUGCUCCAUUCCACACUUACAUUUUCUUAAAUUUGUGUGUGUGUGUGUGUGUGUGUGUGUGUGAGAGAGAGAGAGAGAGAGAAAUUAGAAUUGAGUGAUAGAGAAAAUGAGACUUGAGUGAUAAAUUAAUUGAUGUCAGGCAGGCUUCAUUCUGCACUGACAACUUCAGUUACUAACAAAACCAGGGUCUUGUUCAGGUUAGAGGAUUUGUAAUUAGUGACUUUUUAGGGCCACCAAUUGCUUCUUUACCCAUCCUUAAUUGGUAUUUGUUCUAAGUACUCCUUGUAUAUAGCCUAGAAGAGGGAAAUGACUUAAGGUGGUGGGAGCUAUGUUUGGUCUUCAGUUAUGGCUACCACAGACUUUCUCUUUUCCAAGCUGGGAUUUUCGGUAAAGAACACUCCGUAUUGAGAGGUUAGCAGAAAAUGGUGGCUUACAUAUUUUUAAAAAUAUUUGUUUCUGUCUUUUGCUUCAUCUGAAUUUAUUGCUCCCAACUGUUAAUUAGUUUUAUUGCCAUCAGAAAGCACUAACUGCUUUAUCUGUGCAAACUUUAUGUCUUAGUAAGGGUUGGUUCACAACUAGAAGGGAAAUAGAAUGGUGAAUAGGAAAGGAGGGAAACAGCAAGAUUUCAAUGGAAGGAAUUUCCCCUUGAGAUUUUUAGCACCUUAAACUUCUGCAAGAGUUGCAUGAUGAAGGAAAUAAAAAGGAUCGAGGUCAAGAGAAAAGUGGUGGACAUUGAGGAAAUCAUUACCCAUGAUAGAUCUUUUGUUUUAUAAUAACCUUAGAAAGGUUUAGAUUAUAGCCAGGAAAUAUUGCCUUAUAUCUUCUAAGCCAGUGUUUGUGGCAGAGAUAUCUGGCAGAAAUGCCAAAGUGGGAUGUUUGGUGGCUUUAGAAAUUCCUGGAAAGAACCUUUACCAUUUGGGACAGGGGAAAGCAGUAUGUAUCUAGAUGUGUCUGAUGGGUGCUGCUCUAAUCCUGGAGUUCAUCUUCAUCUUCCUUCCAUCCUGGUACAUGUGUUCACAUUUGCCUCCUGCCUGCCCUUUAUGGCUCCCCUUCUUUGCUUCCUACCUGAGAAGAAAGCAGGAAAUUUGCUUAUAAAGAACUUUACUUUUUAAGAAUCCAAGAAAACAUACUGAAAUAAAUACAUAUAUAUAUAUAUAUAUAUAAAACAUAAGAAACCCACCCCCAAAAGUUCUGCCAGUUAGCCUGCCUGUAUUCCUUCUCCUCUUCAUUCUCUCUAAAUGUAUUUUGUGGUGAUGUUGAUGUUGCUGAUAUAAGAACAGUACUUCACAAUUGACAAGCCCUUAGAACAGCUGGUAGACAAUUUUUAACUGUGUGUUGGUAUUUGGGAUAUCAGUUUGUAAAGACUAUCACCUAUCUCCUUUUACUAUUAAGGCAUCACAACCAAAGGUUAUGCUUCAGUAGUAUGUGAUUAAUGUUAAGCACCAAAGGUCAGUAAUUCUGUGUUAUUUAUUGAAUCUUCACAUAAUAGAGCAUUAUACUAAGCACUGUGGGUAGAUACAGAAGAAAUAUGAGUCCCUAACCUCAAGGAGUUUACUAAUCUAAUGUUUUGUUCCAUGAGUUUACCUCUUUCUAUCAGAACAAUAUCUAUCUGUUCUAUCAGAACAAGAACCAUUCUUACCUUUUUUUUUUUGCUCUGUGAUUUUUUAUGAUGAUAUUUUAUCCAAGUCUCAGUUCUUUUUCCUGUAAGCAGAAUGUAAAAUAGUAUAAUUUAAAUGAUUUUUGGGGAUUCAGAUGGCUCAUUCUUUUAUUUCUUCUGAAUUUUCUAAAUAUACAUAUAUUACAAAUAUAUUCCCUCAUUUGGUUUGGGAAAAAAAUUAGCUCCCUCCUCCCCGCCCCCCUUAAAUUGGGAGAGCUGCCUUAGUUUUAAAAACAAAAUUCAUUUAAAUGUACCAAAAUCGUGUUCCAGACACACUUUUUCCUCUUGUCUUUGUUUCUCUGUUAUGUACAUUACCACGGUAGCUAGGGCUUUCAGGUUUGCCCACUGGUAGCUUACCCCCCAGAUGAAUUGCAUGUUAAGGUGAUCUGAAUCCAUUGCUCAGAGAAGAGAUUAGAAGCAUUUCUGAUAAAUGGAUGGGAAUAAAUAAAAAGUAGAAUGAAUAGUGACUUCUAAGUCUGGAGUAAUAUCCUGUCAGUUUUCCUGAGGGCAUCUGAUUUUGUGAUUCAGUGUAAACUGCUCACAGGUCCUUUUUUUUUUUCUCAUUUACCUCUGCUUUCUUCCUCUCUUCUCCCUCCUCCCAAAAAACAAAAAAGUAAAAGAAAAAAUUUAGACGUAAAAAGAAUAUCACAAUCAUUACACUUGCAUGCUUAUACUAUUCAAACCUAAGUGACAGUGUUAUUAUUUAGACUGCUAUAUAUGGGUGUACAAGCAUUUUGCAUGACAACUCUUUUAGUCCUAAGGCCAUGAGACAUAUUCCAUUAACUGUCGUUGGAGUAAUUUGUUGGGCAGAGUGGGAUGGAAUUUCAUCUGACUUUUGUUAUUUCUUCAAAAUAAUUAAGGACUACCAUGAAGGUGAUAUUUCAAAGUGAGUUGUGUGGGAUCAACUAGUUUUAUUAGAAAUUGAUUUUCUUUAUAUCCUUUUCAUUCAGCAUAAGUAACAGCAUUACUUGCUAGGUAAUUUGGAGAGUUCUGAUCAGAGAGAGAGCCUUUUUUGUUUUGUAUUUUCUGAAAUGUUAUAUGUCUUUUUACUUUAUACUUGUGCUUUGGAGACCAGCAGCAGCUCUCAUGUCAUCAUCUUUCGUACAAAAUUUGGCUGAAUGUGAAAAAGUAUUAGAAGAGUCUUCUUUCUAUAGGUUAUUAAAUAUGCAGGAUUUGAACAAAAAAAUGCAGUUGAGGGGCAGAGGUUACAUGGCAUUGUUAUAUUUUCUUUUUUACUCAGAAGUUUUGCAGUUAAAUGACUUCAUCUGAUAUAAGGAACUGUACUUCUCUUUGUUUUUUGCUGUUCCAGUUUUAUCUUGUUUGCCUCUUUUCCCUAAGAUAAUACCUACUUUAGGGAAAAUUCUGUACCCUCUGGAUGUUUUAAAAAAUAUUUAAAACAACCAUUGUGCAUAUGUCUGUCUCUUGUACUCUUAUGCUAAAAACUAAUGACUGGCCAAAGCAGUUGUAAAACACUUUGCAAAUAUACUGGCUAUAUGAAUGCUAAAUGGUGUCAUCAUCAUUGUCAUGGGUUAUCCAUUAGUGAUACAGAAAUAGAAAUAAAAACAAAAGCCCUCUAGCUUAUUUAAUCCACAACUUAGUUUGUUCUUAUAAUGAGAAUUUUUACCUACAACCUUAUUGUGAGUUGUCUUUAUUUUAGUAUUACCUAGGAACAAUGUUAUUUAAUAAAAAGCUAAUUUUAGUUUCCUUGCUGCUACAGAGACCAAAUUGUUUAUAUAUAUAUAUAUAUAUAUAUAUAUAUAUAUAUAUAUAUGACACAAGUGCUUCUGAGAUUCAUUUAAUCUCCUUGUAAGGUUUAAAUAAACCUUCAAUGAAAGUCUUUUAAGACUUAACCAGAAUCACUGUGUUUCCACUUCCCAUUAUUUCCAAAUUGUGUCCUUAUAUUUAUGACACUUAUUAGAAGUUCUUUCCCCAUAUCCUUUUUUUCCACAUCAGGGUUUUUUUAAAUACUCAGGAUAUGAUUCUGUUCAUCUUUAUGCUCAUUGUAUCUGUUCUUUCGGUUUGAUACAACAGCUUUCCACAUUUUAUAAAAUGUGGAAACCUGCUACAUUUAGUGCACAGUAAAUAACUUAGAAAUGUUGCAUUACAGGAAUUCUAACAUGUGGUAUAUAGUUUCAUACAGGCAGACAAUGCCUUUGCUCCCUGAAUGUACCUCACCCCAAGCUCCUGCUGCCCAGAGUGUUGGGGAGGAGUUUGGUCAGAACAUUGUUUUCUUUGGAUCCACAUCCAAUAAGUGACUCCUGCUUGACUUCCCUGGAGCAGCUGUUGGGGCUUCUCUGCCUGUUACAUGGCAUAUUACAUCCAUCUCAAGGAUCCUACUCAGCACAGUACAGUUGUAGCAAAGUUUCCAUCCCAGUUGCCUGGAAGAAUGGUGUUCAUUACCUAAUCAUUAAGGUUUCCUCUUGACUGCAGUCUAAAAUAUUGCCAUUUCACUGAAUGUGUUGAGAAAGCAAUUUCUUAAGCUAAAGACAGAAGGUAGAAUUUGAGGUAUAAUUUUGAUUUUCUUAAAGGCAUAAAUUUAUUUAGAAUGUGGCUUUGGAAAUCUCAGAUUGAAGAAAGGAGACUAUUUCUUUAUAACUUUAUUUAAAAUCUUGCUCUUAAGCAAGAGAUAAGGAUCUUUAAAUCCUAACCUAACCCCUUUAUUCAAAAACAAGCCAUAAUUCAUUAAGAGAACAGAAAAUAAAUUCCUUUAUAUUUGUGUUCCAGAUUCUCUUAAAUACAUUUAUGAAUAUGUAUAUAACAUAAUUUGUAAGUUUGCAUAACUAUCCCCUUUGAAUGUAAAUGGUACUUUAAAUUACUUUUAUACAAAUGGAUAUUAAAACCAGGCUCUAAUCCUAGGAAAAUGUAGUAUAUAGAGUGUAGCUUAGGAAUUGGAGACUGAGCUUAAUGCCCUUAGAUUUUUAUGUCCAGUAACUAUAUCCUUUCUCUUACCUGGCAGGACUAUAUUAUUUCUCCAUUUUAUAUCUCCUUACCCCAGUAGAGACCUUCUUUUCUCCUAUUAUUCCAUAUAGUUCUGGAUAUACAAGUUAUAUUUCUUCUAGGAGAGAUCUUCAAAUUCAUCUCUCCUGUAAAGUGACGUGUAAAGAAAGAAGAGAAUGCACUUUCGGAAUGCCUGAGUCCUAGGGUCCCUUUAAAUUAUUUUUUAUACUAUAUCACCCAAAUUUAUAAUUGUUUGAAAUAGUCUUUCCCUAGCUUCCUUCUGAUGAUGACAAGGAGGGACAGGGAUGAUAAUAAUAAUAAAUAAAGGGGAUAAUCUUGAAAUUAUAAAGUAACUAGAAGGAAGUUAGAUGAAAAGUACAUGCAAGAGUUAAGAGAAGGGAGGAUAUCAGGAUUAAUUAAUAUUGAUGCCCUGUCUGUUCAUCUGAAUUUACUAGAAGCUCCAAACAGGAAGUUAAAGCUGUACUCAGAAACUAUGACAUUGCAGUUAUAAGCGCAUCUACUCCAAGUGAUAAUUCUGUUUCCUCUCCUUUUCUAGAGAGAUUGAAAUCUGUCCCUGAAGUCUUAAGCCCCCAUUUGUCUAUGACAUCCCCUGAAGUUAAUCAUUAUAAAUGUUUGUGUGAUUAGCAUUUUUAUUCAUUUCUGACCCUGGGAGUAUGAAUUUCAUUGUAUGAUGUUUGGGGAAGUUGUAACUAACUUGGCAUACUCAUAAUGGCAAUGUCUUCAAAUAGGAACAGAAUGAUUUCCAAGCAUUUCACUGUAUUUCAUCCAGAAACCCAAUUAAAAUCUUUUUUCUAGGAUUUAGUUAGUUUAGGCAUUUCCACAUAUCUUUCUUAUCUUUUAAACAAUGGCCAUAACAUUUUCAGUGCAGCACUUUAGGAAAAAGUUUUUUAAAACAAUUUGGUUUAAAGCUACUUAGUUUUAUGGGAGAAAUGCUAGUCUCAAAAAUGAUCAGUUUUUGCAUUCUCUUGUUACACACAAGCUUUAGUAAUGGUCCCUGGGAAGAAAAAGCUAGAGUAAUGUUAACAAAUUCUGGAUUCAACAUGGAUAGAGUCAUGGAGGAACUGAUUUAUUUACAAUAGUUUGAAAAUGAGUCACCUCUAUUAAAAAGAUAGCUUGUGAAGAAUAAAUCAAACUGAGUUCCCAUUCUACUUUAUUGAGAAGUAAACCAGCCAAAUCUUGAUUUUUUAGCUUUUAGUAGACUAGUCAUAUUCAGAUGGUGGCACAGGAGUUCUGAAAAGGUCAUUGAAAAAUCAAGGAUAUUGUAAUGUUUCUGAAAUUUAAAAGGGUAAUUCUACCAUACAAAGAUGACCUUUCUUUUUAAACUAAUAAGUGGAGAAGUUUUGUUUUCUUACCUUUUUUUUUUUUAAAGGGAACUAAAGUGUCUCAGAAUUCUGGAAUGCUUUCUUCACUCUGGCAGCAUAGGCAUUUUCAAAUCCAGCUGUGUUUUUGUAGGAUAUGUAGCUAUAUAUGUAUCUGCUACAUGCAGAAGGUGAGAGUUGAUUGAUUGUGUUAAAUGUUGGAUGUCCUUCAUAUGCAAAGAGGCUUCUAACCCACAGGUCAGCAUGAGGUGCAGGAGGCAGUGAGUUUCCAUUUGUUGUGAUGGGGUGUGUUGAACCAGCCAUACUCUCAUUAAUUAGCCUUUGUGACAUAUGGCACAGAGUGUGAGCUUGCUGAAGUUUAGUGAAAUCUGGCUGGCUGCAAAGCAAAAUUGUUUUUUUCUCUAGUGGAAGGUAUGACCUUAGAUUCAUUAGCAUUAUUCUCUAACCAGCUAAACUAAUUGGUUUAGAAAUUAAAUAUGUAAAAAAAUACAAAUGGAGAAACAUUUUAAAUUCAAAAACUUUUUUUUUAAAAAGAAACAGUUUUACCUAAAAUUUACUGUCUUUUUGUGUGGAUUGUUUCCUGUACCACAGAAGACUAGAUAAAAGAUGGGGGGAAAAAGUCUAGAUUCCACAAUAUCUUCAUGGGCUUGGCUAACUUCAAGAAAACAGAACCUCAUAUAUCCCUUACAUGUACAGAUGACUAAAGAGAAGCUAUAUAUAGAGCCUCUUCCUUUGCCUGACAGUUUGGCACUUAAUUUAAGGGAGUGGAUAAGAUAAAGCCAGCUUUGUGGAUUGCUUUUUUUCCUUAUCCAAACAUGUAAAGAUACUUUUGAGUGUGAGAAUGUGUGCAUGUGUGUGUGUGUGUGUUGUUAUUGUUGUUGUUUUUUUACAGUGGCUGUUUAAAGUGUUUUUCACAACUUGUUUAAUAAUCAGUGCUUUAAAAAGCAGGUGGUGUCUCUGUAAAGUGGGAGCUUGGGUCUAUGGCAUUGGAUGUAAAUUUUAGGUCAUAUCAUAUUGUAAUGUCUCACUAUCUGUGGGGGGGGGAACCAAACUGGUCUGUUUAUAUGAAUUUUGGGAAACUAAGAAAGGUAUAGAAACCAGCUAACAGGGUGGUGAGGAAAGAGGACUAUCAUAAAGACGGAAAAACCAGCAUCUAAGGUUAGACCUGUGUUUUCAUUUCAAAUGGGAUACAGUAUUUUUUUUUAUAAGGAGCCAUACUUUUUUUUUAAAGUAAUUUGAGAUCUGAAUGUGAUUUCUAAUUGUAUCAGACGUUAAUGUUUUAAAGCUAUAACAAAGUUUAAGAUUUCUACUUUUUUUCAUUUAUUUUAACUGUUCUGUUAUCUGUUAUCUAAAAUUGAUGUAUGUGGUUGGGAGAAGUUUUGCUUCUCCUCUUAGCAUUUGUUUCUAUAACCAGAAAUAAAAUUAUAUAUUAAAGAAAUGACACCCAAAAAACAGUUUGUAGUCCUUUUAAAUAGUAUGUAUAGGAAAUCUUGGUUCCAACAGUUCCUGGCUUAUAGCAAUUUGUUCUAAUUAUUUUGAGUUAGAACUGUUUAUAUUGAUGUUCCUGAAGGUUAAAGGACAAUGAAUGAUAAAAAUAUGUCCUCUUUUAUUUUUUCUUUGGAUCCUAGUACUAGAAAGACUCAGUUUGGCAGAGAAGACACUCCACAUGUGCUCAAUCACAGUAUAUUUCUUGGGCAAACAGUUCCGCUUUGGCCUGGACAUGUAUGAUAUUGGUGUUUUGGGUCGCUUAAUGCUCUUAGAUUCUUGGCAUUACAUGGGAUUAGGCACUCGAGAAGAGAACUUUGUUUCAUAGGCUACUCACUUGCUUUGUAAAAUCAUUGAAACUAAAUAUUUAAAACUUCAAAAUUGUUAACAUGUAAUUCAGUUAUCCAUUCUUCACCCCUCUGCUCCACCCAACUUCUCCCCACCCUUCUUCACCCCACUCUUUUCACCACCCUUCUCAUUCUACUGCUUUUCCAGAGUAGUACCUAAUUCCAGUUUGCUGGGAAAUACAUCUGUAUCUCCAGUACACCUACAUACAUCAGCUCUGUAGAGGAUAGAUGAUAGACACGUCUAAAGUCACUCCUGGUACACUCCUGGUGGCGUUGAUGGGUAAAAGACUCCUUGAAAAUCUUCUGUCCCCCUACCUUUAUCUAGAAGAUACCCUAGGAAAAUCAGUUGGAUGAGAAGUGUCUGAGAUAGAUUUUUACUGUCUUCUAUUUUACUUCUAAACAGAGCCAAGUGGAAACAAACCCACCAAUAUCUGCCUCAUUCUGUUCAUUUUAUGUAUUCCUGUUUGUUAGGUUGGCUUUGCUUAUUUUAGUGAUCAUGCUGUACAUGCUCUCUAUGUGAUGCCCUAAAACAGUAAAUGUUCAAGUAGUAUUUAAGUAGUUGCAGUAAAGUGUUUAUUCAGCUGAAGUUUAAACCUUUAGUUAAGAGUUAUAUUUUUGUUUUAUCCCUGCCUUGAAUUUUUUAUAAAGAUGUAUGUUGACCAAAUGUUUCUGGUAUCAAGGCUUUCUAGUAUUCAUGACUCUGAAUCAGUAUCUCAUUUCGCUAAGUACGUUUCAUUUGGUUUACAUUUUUCAAAUUUACCAUAUCUAAAGUUUUAGCUACGUGUAUAGGAUGAAUUUUUUUCUUGCCAUUUCCUGUGUAAGAUCUGUAUUAUGAAUCCUGAUGUGAGGUCAGCAAACUCAUUAUAUUUUAAGUUUUUCCAAAAACAAGAAAGAAUAAAGAUAAUAACUUAUCUAA